AUGGUGUCUGAAAGAUGUACUCAGAGAAUUGAACUCUUACAACAUUUACUGCGAGUUUGUAAUGGAGAACAAUGGCUCUUCAACAGUUUCGAACUAUCGAUCCCUCAAAUGAGGCGAUACAAUAUGAAAUGUGAAGUGGUACAAUUCAGCUUAGAGAAACUUAAAAUAAUAUAUGAUAUGAACAAUCUAACUGGGUCGGAUAAAGUGAACGAGAAACUAUUAUAUCAACUAAACGAGAGACUAAAGAUAAUAUUCACCAAGAGCGGGCGUUCGAAAUCAAUACUAGACCCACACGCAUUAACAGCAGCACUCAUUGAUCUGCUAAUACGAGUCUGCGGAGUGAUGACCAAAAGUGAGACUAGAAUGAUAGGAGUUCCUAUUUUGGAGUCAAUUGAGAGACUCAUAGAUGAAAGUUUCAUCAAACCGUACUGUCAGGGCUUGCUUAAUUUUUCAAGAGGUUCAUCAUCACCCUCAUCAUCAUCAUCAUAA